UUGAAGCCUGGGUUGCCGAUCCUUUCGGAGCCAUGGCUUCCCCGGCUCUGCCGGAAGUUUCGCCGAUUCUCAUGGUUCCCUCUUUCAGCGAGAAACACAGGCAUCUCUCCUCUUCCUCCAGGCUGGAUAGCAAACUCAGCAACGGCCUCGAGCAGGAAAAUCACUUCAUAUAUGUGGACCUUGAUCACGUGAUCAAAUUGCUUGAAGAAACUAACUCAAAUAUAGAAGAACAGAUCCAAGCAUGUCAGAAGGUUGCAAAACACUAUGAAUAUGGAAUCCCUCUGAAUGAUUUAGCACACAUCUCUAAAAUUUUAAACUUAUGUGUGGAGAAAAUUCAGACAAUGGAUAAUGUUUUUAUAGAAAUUACAUGUGAAAUUCUCAAAUUGUAUGGGUUACCAUUUUACAAAAAGAAGUUAUCUGAUGAAGGAAAGUAUGCUAAAGAAGUUCAAGAAUCAAUUGCACAAUUGGGUCACUUGAUCAGAGUGCCAUGUUCUCAAAUAAGAAUACAAAUAUGUAAGUGCAUUAUUAGUUUUUACCAUGCUGAGCCACCAGUAAAAGAAUUUGAAGGUUAUCAAUCUACAAGUGCAAAUUAUAAAAAGCAGAUUGUAGAAUUAGGAGGUUUAGCAGAGACUUUGGUUUUGUCACUAACACUUGUUGAAAAUCAACUUUCUGAGAAAUUAUGGAUCAUUAAAACUUUGCAACAUCUUUCUAUUUCUGAAGCAAAUUGUAAACUUAUGAUGAAAGCUGAAGCACCAAGAAUAUUAUGUUCUCAUCUGAAUGAAGUUGACCCCUCUGGGCAAUUAUUAUUCCGUUCCUCAGAAAUCCUUUGGAAUUUAUUAGAAAAAACCUCCAAGGAACAAAUUAUUGAACAGCUCAGUAACUUGGAAUGUGUACAUGCUCUGAAGGAAGCAUUUACAAAUUUACUCAUACACGGUUUCCGCCAUUAUGAUCGUCAGUUAAGAAAUGACAUUUUGGUAAUAGCUACCCUUGUUGCUCAGAACCCAGGAGCUCCGAUGAUUGAAACUGGAUUUUCCAAGCAAUUAAUACUAUUUGCUACUUUUGAUGAAAUAAAAAGUCAUAGUCCUUUGGUAAAAGGUCUUAAACUUACUUCCUGUUAUGAAGACUUUGAGCUGAAAAAGCUGCUGCUUAACAUGCUUACUGUACUAGCAAAAGAUUUAUGUUCUGUUCAGCUGUUGCAUGAGGGUAAGGUUAUACUUGCUUUAUUUCAUUAUUUAAAACCAAACGAAAAAGGAGGAGCACUUGAUAUGUCUGCAGCACAGUAUGAAGAGUUACAGCUUCUUGCUAUUGCUACAUUAGCAACAAUGGCUCCCUUAUUGAUAGAAGACUAUAUGCUGUGCCAGGGAAAUACUCGCCUUCUGCUGUUUCUGGAAUGGUGUGUGAGCAAAGAUUCUUUCUUUACUCAAGGUAAUAGUUUCCAUGGCACAGGUGGUCGUGGCACCAAACUUGCACAGAUGCGCUUCUGCUUGAGAGUCCUGAAUCCAGUUGUAUCUCUCGCUGAUGAUGCUGUAAAUGUUGACCUUUGUGAUCAAGGAGCAAUUCAUCAACUAUUGGGUAUCUUAAAAUUUACCACAACUAAUUAUAAAGAUUCUGCCCUUGUGAUGGAGAUUCAAAGCGAUAUCUUACUUAUUCUGUCAACUCUUUGUGAAAGUAAUAUCCAUAGAAAGGAGCUCUUUGGAUGGGAAGGAGUGGAUACACUUAUUCCAUUUAUGAAGAUAGAUGUCAAAAAUUUCUAUAGUGGAUUGGGUCAUAAUCGUCUUCUUUUCUGUGCUCUGGACUGCUUAUGGUGCUGUGUCAUGGGUUGCACUAUUUUAGAAGACUAUUUUCUUGAAAAAGAAGGUCUCUUCACUCUAUUAGAUUUGCUUUUAUUAAAUCAAAAGAAUGUAUGUAACCUAAUUCUUGGAAUAUUAGUUGAAUUUUGUGAUAAUCCUAAAACUGUAUCACAUAUCAAUGUAUGGCGAGGGAAAAAAGACCAAACAGCAGCUAAUUUAUUAAUAAACCUAUGGAGACAAGAAGAAGAAGAGAUGGGAGUGAAACAUGAUAAAGCUGGAAGAAUUGUUGAUACAAAGAAACCACUAGUUGGCCAGUUCCAAAAAACACAAGAAGUAAUUCCAAUGCCUGCUAGCUGUCCCACUAUUGCUGUCAUGGAUGUUGCUGAAAAUAUGAGAGCAAAGAUUUAUUGUCUAAUAUGUAAAUUAGGUUUUGAAAACUUGCCUGGGCUCUGUGCAAGGGAUUUUGUUACACUUGCUAUUAUACGCAGGUACCUAGACUUCAAGGUUGGUGAGAUCUGGGAUGAAGUAUGUGCAGAACUUAAAAAAGAAAAAUUUAGACCUGUGACACCUGACCAGGAAGCAUUACAGCUUAUUACUGAAGCCUUUGAAAAUGUUGGAAAGAUUGUAGUCUCUCUCCAAACUGAGAUGCUAGAAAGCCAGCAGUUUCAGGAACUUCAGGAGGAGGAAAAAUGUUAUGGAAGGAUUCAUUCUCUCCAUAAACAAAAGGAAAUAGUCAAUAAAUCUUGGGAAAAUUUCUUAGCUCGGACAUCAAACUACGAGGCUUUGAAGAAAGCAAAAAGGCUUCAAGAAAAAUCUAUAGAAAACUCGAGACCAAAGAUAAAACACUAUAAUGCAACUUUCCAUCCAACUGACAUUAAAGGCCUAAAUACAACUGUUGCAUCUGGUCGCUUGGUAACAGUGGAAAGUACACCUUCUGAAUUAAUUGGAGGGCCACUAGCUGAUACAGAUCUUGCACUGAAAAAACUUCCAAUUCGUGGAGGAGCCUUAAAAAAAUUCGAAGGAGUUAAAGUAAUAGAUUCAUUUAAGAAAAGUUCACUAACUGUGAAAUAAAUGUUGUCCUGCAUAGUUCUGUAUUUAGAGUUUGUUUAAUAUAUAGGUGCAUCUUAAUAUUUGGAUCAUUUGGAACCUUGGUAAAAUGUUACCUUUAAAUACAUAUACUUGUAUCUAUGGGUACAUAUAUACAUAUUCCUGUAUAAUAAUCUGAAUUAAUGUGGAUGUCAUUAAUAUUCUAACCAAUAAAUCUAGUACAUUACGAAGAUCAGUUAUGUCUAAUAACUGACAUAACUUUGAAUUAACUCAAUUUGCAUUCUGUGACUGAGUACUAAGAUACAUUUAACUCUGUGUACUAUGCUAUUUAUGCUAACAAACAUCUGAAUCAUAAAAAGAAGGAAAAAAGACGUUUAAGGAAUAAAAUGAAAGUACCAUUGGUAAUCACUGUUAUAAUUCAGUAAUUACUUCCUAAUAAGAUG